CGGCGGCAGCAGCAGCGGCGGCAGCAGCGUGGUUGUGUGAGUGUGUGUGAGAGACUUUUGCGUGUGAGUGUGAGUGUGUGUGACAGUGACAGAGUUGCGGCAGAGCACAUCACUAAGUGCCUGCUCUCCGCCGUCUCGCGCGCUCCUCCUCGGACCGCUUCAGAGUCGCACGAGACCGGCGCCCGCUUUGCGUUCUGGCCCCGGCGCGUGACCCGAGGAUCUCCCCCCCAACAGUUGUGACGAGCAGAAGCCCCGGAGGCUGGAGAGCAGGAAAGCUGGAGCUAAACUACAUUCAUUGACUUGUGAGCGAUGCACUGGCAGCAUGGCCAAGUGGUUCAAGGAGCACCUAGGAUUCAAAACUACCAAAGCACCCCCUCCGGCGCCUCCGAAACCGGACUACAGACACUGUCACACCGGUGUGCCCGGUGCGCCUGGCUUCCAACAGACGAGCUCCGGGGCCACCUUUCCCCCGAGCCCCGCUCAGCCGGACAUCCUCGCUGCUUACAAACUACAAAAGGAGCUGGACUUCGAGGACCCGUACACUCCAGGCGGAAACAUUUCGUUCGGCUCGAGUUUGAACAGCGUGGGGUCGCCGGAUAUCAAGUACGUGUCACCGAAGCACCGACUUAUCAAGGUGGAAACCGUCGAAAAGAGCAGCCCGGCUCCGGGAGGGGGUGUCACGGUCACCCAGGCUGUAGCAGUGGGCAGCGUUAAAUCUCCCACUUCACCUCCGUCGGACCACGACAACAAGGAGAAGCUCAUUAUCCUUGAAGACUAUGCGGACCCUUUUGAUGCUGAGCAGGCUGGUGGCACUCAGACCAUUACGGAAAAAGUGACAACAGAGAACGAUGGCUAUAUGGAACCAUAUGAGGCCCAGAAGAUGAUGGCAGAGAUCAGGUCUGGUGGGCGAGGCCCUAAGGAUGGGCCUGUGAGGCAGCUGCCCCUGUACGAUACGCCAUACGAGCCAGCCGAGAACGGAGGAGACUCAGACCCUGAGCGCUUGCGCUGCCCCAGAGAAAGCCGUCUGCCCCAGGAUGAUGAACGACCCCCCGAGGAGUACGACCAGCCGUGGGAGUGGAAGAAGGAGAGGAUUUCCAAAGCUUUUGCAGCUCUGCUUUGUUAUGACUGCAUUAGCUACGAGGGCUCUGUAAGUGGCACUGGAUCAGGUCCCCAGAGAAGAAAGGACUCCACUUCUAAAUCUCUCACAGUAGAGAUUAAAGUGAUCAAGGACCUACCAUGGCCUCCUCCUGUCGGCCAACUCAACACCAGCCCUCCCCCGGUGGAGGAGCUAGAGUCUCCUUCCCAGACAGCUCAGCCCUCGCCGGGACAGACAAGCUGUGACCAGCACCACCAUGUCCAGUUUGAUGGUGUAGAGAAGUCUCGAAUGUCGCCCACCAAGGAGGGGAAAACUCGCCCACUGCAGCGACAUUCCAGUGGCUGUCUGGUCAACACUAAAAUGACUUCACUGGACCACUGCAGCUCCUCUCUGGGGGAACGUAUUGACCCCACCAUGCCUCUGGAAAGCCAGUUCUGGUACCACGGAGCCAUCAGCCGAACAGACGCAGAGUCGCUGCUCAGGCUGUGUAAAGAGGCCAGCUACCUUGUGAGAAACAGCGAGACCAGCAAGAACGACUACUCCCUCUCCCUUAAGAGCAGCCAGGGCUUCAUGCACAUGAAGCUGUCGCGGACGAAGGAGAGCAAGUACAUCCUGGGCCAGAACAGCUGCCCUUUUGACAGCGUGCCUGAGAUUAUCCAUUUCUACUCCAGCCGCAAGUUGCCCAUCAAGGGUGCCGAACACAUGUCCCUGCUCUACCCCGUGGCCAUCAGGACACUAUAGUGCUCUGGGUCCCCUGCAGGCGUCCGCCCCUGCAGCACUCACCGGGCCACCCUGUGGCUCCACGCUUCCUGUCCCCGUGGACAAGACCCCGCUAGGCUCACGGGAAGACGAACAGUGGCAUCCCAAACUGCUGAUCCUGACUCACCUCACUGGCCGACAGAUUCCAAAACCGUUUCGAAGGCCUACUGCAUACUAUCUCAUACACACACACACACACACAGACUCAAUGUUGCAGAAGUUUUUGUUAUUGUAUUGUAUUUUAUUUUAUUUAUGACAGACAUCCACUUAUUACAUCAGAGACUGACUAUCUGAAGAGCAUCAUUUCAUUGAUUGUUGAGCUGAUUACCCAUAGCACUUAACACUCAGAGAAAAAGAAAGGUACAACAUCAGCAUUCGUCACUGGGAUUCACCUCUAUCAUGAACUGUUGUACCCUUUUUCCUACGAGUGCACAUCGUGACAAUUAUGUAUGAAAUGUAUGUUUGAGGUUCUCAUUUGGUUAGGCUCUGUUGAUGCUGUAAAUGUAUUUCAAAGGGGACUUGAAGAUUGUAGGAGCCGUGUAAGGGAAGCAACAUUUAUGAUGCAUGUUGAGCGAUAUGGUCCACGUGGGCCCCAUACAGCGGCCAGGAUAUUGAAUAAACUGGCCGCGUAUGAACGGUGCGUCCCCAGCUGCGCGGAAACAACAGGCCUGUGAGCUGUGCAGGCUGAUCUCUCUAUCUUGUCAUAGUGCAUGUUGUCUGCUAUCCAUCACUGAGUGGGUGUAUCACACCAAUGACAGUGUAAGUACCAUAGUGGUGAGACAGGCAGGAGAGCGUGAUGGAUGGGUCAAGCCAUCCGACACAGUACAAUUGGCUGAGGCUAGAGACCAGAGCCUGUCCAAAUGGACCAAAUUACCCCCGCUACCCCUGCUUAGAAUGGCUUUGCAUUGGGAGAAUGAAAUAUGCCUGCAUUGUCUACCUCAGAAAAUCAAUUUCAUUCGCCCAUCUGCAGAUCAAUAGGUACAACGGGAUUGCAGACAUCGAUCUGCUCUCCCUUCGACAUUCCCAAUUCCCUUAAAAUUGCAUCAUUGGUUUUCGAAAUAUGCUUUUUGAAUACAGUUAAUCCGAGAUUUUUUUGUUUGUUUUUUUAAAUGAAAACACAAGCAGAUUUUUUCAGAUCAGCAAUUGUAUGUAUAGUUACUCUUAUAAUGCUGUGUGAUGUCAGUAACAAAUGUUUGGUUAAUGCCUUAUAAUGCAUGGGUCAAAUCAGUCCGCUAGAUCAGCUGAUUUCCAAUUCUGCUUUUAACAAUUGUUCUGUGACUGUAAUUUAUUCUGGGGUAAUUAUUACUGAUGUGUUACUCCUUUGUGAUUGGCCCGUCGGCCCCCCCCUCGCCCUCAUCGUCCUGUGCCGAUGUGAUCGUGUUUUUUGGGACUACUCCGGCCUCUUUUUGCUGUGGUGCUUUGCAUUUUUUUUUGUUGUUUCCGGUUUUGCUAAAUGCACGUAUGCCUCGACGGCCCGACUCCGGGACACGAGUCACUGCGCCUCCUGACCAACGGGGUUGUCAGGCCUCGUGUGAGGGACGAUUACACAAACCUCCCGCCUCCAACACAUCGAUCACAGUGCCGCCUGUCCAAACCAGAUAAACGCCCGCCUUCAAACUGUCAUGCUUCCAUUUCGCUUUAAAAUCUCCAAAUGUCCAUACAUGUGUGAACGCGAGAGAGUAUGCAUGUGUCCAACAUGUUCACGUGUACGAUAUUUGUAUGCACAUGGGAAUGUGUGUGUCCCAGUGUUUUUUUUUUUAACCCCGCUGGUACCAGGCGACGGCUAAACGCUUGAACCUCUGUGGUUGUCAGCUUUCUUCUUUUCUCCCUUGAACUACAAAAAGUCGAAAAUUCCCUACGGCUUACUAAUUCACCUUUCUUCCUUUAUUCCCUCAUUGAUCACGUUUGAUUUUAGCAACUCAUAGGAAUGGCAUGUUUGCUUUUUUGGCCUCCUCCCUGCAGUUUAUUGUAACAGAGCCAGUAAUAUUUCAGCCUGCGGCGAAUAAUAUUGCUGACUAACUACAGGCAGAAGAAGCUGAUUUGCCAACAGUAGCUGCACCAUGAAGUGAGUCUAAUGAGACCGCCUAAUGCAUGUAUGAUCAGACUUCAGAGGAAGCCGUCAUCAGUCUUACGAGUUGCAAAAUUCAGUGGUUUAAUGAGAAACUAAAAAAUGAAAAUGUUGUUGGGGGGAGGCUUUGGCCCAAGCUAAAAAAAAAAAAAAGACUGAUACUAAGAAUUAGCAAGUGGCUUUAGCGAGCAUGACCACUGUAUAUACAGAGUCAAACACAUUGUGGCUUUGACUGUAUCUCCGCUGUGUGCUAUGCAACCAUAAACUGCAGUGAUUGAAGGGAAAAUGAUAGGAGUGUGUGCCUCCAACAAAUGUUUAUGACAAAUGUGAUGGUACAAAAAAAAACGUCCACCAGGAGGAAAUGUAAUCAGCAGAGUGACAUAAUUAGUAGAAGAAAAAAAACUAGUUUCCAGAAAGUGGGAUGUAUUCAGAAGUUUAUUUUGCCGGUGCAGUAAGUGAGUAGACGGAUGAUCAAUAUGUCACAUGAGGGUGUCUCUUCACGGCAUCCGCAGCUUUAUUGAGGAAUAGUAUGUUGUCGAAGUGGACCUAUGUAUUUCCUUUGAGAGAAGAUAUCCUAAGAAGAAAUGCAGAGUUAAAAUAAACUUUAUCCUUUAUGUUACGAAUGUUCACCGUUGAAUAGAUCCGACGUCGACGGUAGAGGCUCUUUAUUUAGUUACUGCUGCUGCUGAGCAUGACUCUACUAGAGGGGAGGAGCCUGUGUGUGUGUGUGUGAUGGCCGCACUGCCGAGAGAAGAGAGGCCUUAGCUUUGGAGAAAAGGGAAAACAGGAGGGAUGGAGGGUGAAGAAUUACGGGGAGGGAAGGGACGUGGGAGGGGAUUCGCUGCAAUCAGCAGACGCACUCUUCACAUUCGUAUAUUUCUCUAAUGACAGCCUGAUAGAGCCCUUCUCCUCCCUCAGAAGUGUCUUAAAGCUUGUGUGUGUGCAUGAAGCAGCGUUUGUUGGGUGUGUGAGUGUGUGUGUGUGCGUAUACUGGUGUAAGCAGCCAUCAGCCAUUGACUUGCCCCGAGUGUAUCUUGUGUAUCACUUUACCGUGGUAGAGUGGCAUGUAUGAGUCUCCUUUGUGUACAUUUUCGUGCCACAUAUGUAUGCACUACUAUAACAUAUCUCUGUACAGUCCCUCAUGGCCAAAUGUAUAUACUGAAUGUAUUGUAAUGGGGACAUAGAGGCAUCAAGGUUCAAAAUAAAUAAAGUUGGGUUUAUGAGUUUAA